AUGCAGGAUAUCUUAGACUCUGUCCUCACCCAUGAUAAUGAGGCGGGGUUUGUGCGACUUAUUCGAAGGGACUGGGAGGAGUAUGACCCGUACAAUCAAGGGGAAAGGGUUGGGGAUGAGCAUGAAGCGAUGGAAGGGCGUACUUUGGAAGAUAUGAGGUGGAUAAAGGUCCCGUUCAAUGGCAUGAUGGUUGUUCCUGACUAUUAUUUACGUGGAAAUAGUUGGGAGACGGAGCAUCGCCGUCCGCCCGAGAUUGCUUGUUAG